AUGGCAUUCAACUUUGGUGGUGGUGGUGGUACACCCGCUCCUGCUCCUAGUGGUGGGGGAGGAUUCUCGUUUGGUGGUGCUGCUCCAGCGCCAGCAGCACCCGCUGGAGGAGGAGGCUUUUCCUUUGGAGGAGCAACACCCGCACCUGCUGCCGGAGCUCCACCAGCAGCUCCCGCCUUUGGUUUUGGUGGUAAUGGUGGUGGAGCUCCUGAUGCUUCAGCACCUGCUGGUACUGGUGGUGGAAGAGAUCAGAAACGUGCCUUUGGUGGAGCUGAGUUUGGCGGGGCUGCUCCAGCGGGUGGUGGUGGAUUUAGUUUCGGAGGAGGAAGUGCCCCUGCUCCGGCGCCUCCAGCAGCAGGGUUUUCGUUUGGUGGAGCUGCUCCCACGCCCACACCCACGCCUGCUGCAACCCCAGCUCCGGCUCCAGCCGGAGGUGGAUUUAGUUUUGGUGGUGCGGCUCCAGCAGCACCUUCUGCUACUCCAGCGCCCGCUCCAGCUGGCGGUGCUGCUGGUGGUAGCUUUUCCUUUGGAGGAGGAGACAAAACUCCAGCUCCGGCACCUAGUGCUGCUGCUGGUGGAUCCUUUUCCUUUGGUGGAACAACAAGUACCACUCCAGCUCCAGCAGCCGGUGGUGGUGACGACAAGAAAGAUGACAAGAAGGUUGGAUUUUCUUUUGGUGGGGGAAGUUCUACUCCAGCCGCUACUACUACUACUGCUGCCCCGGCUCCCGUCACAACUCCGGCGGCGGGUGGAGGUAGCUUUUCCUUUGGUGGUGCCGCUCCCGUCACUCCCAAGGCGUCGGGUACACCAGCUCCAGUAGCGACGCCAGCUCCAGUGGCGACCCCCAAUCCCGGAGCAAAUGCAGGAACUCCAGCUGCCAGUAGUAGUACUACCCCUGCUCCUGUGAAUACCCCAGCUCCAGCACCCAAGGCUCCCGAACCCGCUGCUCUCGAAUACCAGUCUCUGACUGUGGAACAAAUUUUGAACAAGUUUCAAAAGGAACUCGAGCAGGAUUCCGUUGCCUUUUUGGAUCAAGCCAAGCGGGUUUGUGAAUACGAUGCCAUUUUGAGGGAUUCCCAACGUGAUUUGGCACAAAUCACCGAUCAGACCCAACGACUGCUGUUGGAACAAGAACAAAUGGAAAAGGCAUUGCAGGGCAUUGAUUCCUUCCAAGUCGAAUUGUCUUCCACAUUGGAUACCGUUUCGGGACAUGUUGACGAACUCUUUGCCAGUCAAUCUCAUUUGGCUCCACAAGAUGCCGAUGUCGAACGAGAACGAGCCUAUCAAAUGUCACAAACCAUUGCUCAACGACUGGACGAAUUGGAAAAUGGAUUGGGGGAGACCAUGAGGACUCUUUCGGAUCAUGCGAGUGACAUUAGUAGUGGUCCCAAUAGUUUGUUGACGGUUCUGAAUCAACAUCAAGAUGCUAUCUUGUCGUUGGAAGGAGCAGCUGUCAAGUUGGAAAGGGACGUGAAUCAUGUGGGACGGAUUUUGGCCGCUAGCAGUCGAUAG